GUUUAGCGGUGUGUGGACUUGAAAGGGUGGCGUCCCGCCGUGAUCUCGGCCAUUAUAAAACAGAGAAGAGAUCACCUGCAGCCAUAAGGUGAUCAUAGCUUGCACAAGAAGCCGUAUGCCCUGCUCACUGGUCUGACUGAAGAAUCAGCCAUGAAGACCUACUGCACUGCUGUCAUCACACUUCUUCUCUUUGCCUUCUGCUCUCAGACACUUACUCAACAAAGCCACAAACCAGACAAGUGCUGCUUCAAGCAUAUUGAGUCAAGAAUUCCUGAGGCUUUUGUUAAGCGCUUUGAGGAAACCAGCCCUGAAUGCAAUAAUCCCGGUGUCAUAUUGUACACAACCCAGCAGAAGGAAAUAUGUGCUAAUCCAGAUGAGAAGUGGGUUCGAAGGCUGAUGAGAAUUGUGCAGAAUCGCAGGAAGGACAGUACAUUUCUGAUUGUUUCUGAAGAUGUUGUCACCCAUUAAGUGCUUACUCCCCACUUCGGAUUCUCUAAGAUAAGUUUUUAAAGCAAUUAACUUGAUGAUGUUUGGUUGUUGUUUUGUAAAGAAAUAAAUUCAUGGUUUAAAUGAAUUGUGAAAGAAUAAUAAAAACAUUUUUAUCUUCACCUCUAUCAUAAUCUCUCUAACUGUGUGAUACUGUGUUAACUGUAUUAUCUACAUUUCCAUGAU